UGGCGUCAUAAUGUGGGCAUUUGUGUAGCGUCUUUUGUGAUUGUUCUUUCGUGAUCGCCUUAGUGAAACGAUUUCGACAAAAAAAAACACAUUUGUACAGUUUUAUUAUAUUCAACGAUAAUAGAAAAUGGUGCAGAUGCAUGUUGAAAUCUAUGUUCCUGUCCUGUGUAUUUGUCGUUUUCGUUGCCCAAGUGAUUUGUGGAAAGUAUCAAAUUUAUUAUUAUUAUAUAAAAGACCUUGUGAACGUGAUAAGAUAAGAUUGAAUUGAUUUAAACAGAAAACAGUAAAGAUGGAAAAACCUAAGGGAGAUCAAGUGCUAAAUUUCAAUAAUAACGAAGUUCCUAUAGCAUUACGCGCAGUCGAGGAGGUUCAACAGGAUUUAGCCGCUACAUGCACUUUGCAAUCGCAAAUUGUUUGGGAUAUAUUAGGUCCCGAUCAAGGCGAUAUUUUAGUUAAAAAGCUGGAGCAUAUGUUUCCGGAGGAUACUAAAGUUUAUAAAAAUAAACCAGAUGUACGCAAAGCUCGCAGGCAUAAUGCUAACAUCAAGGAAAUCCGAGCGAAAUUAUUUCAUAACAUUUGGCAACAAAGAAAAUAUACCAAUGGUGUUCUAUUGCAUUCUAUUAUAUAUGUGAUUGUUACACCAGAUACAGAUCUUGAGAAAGCAAAACUUUCACAUAAUUAUACCAUACAUCCCGUAUUUCGCACGAGACGUUGCUUAAAUUCAAACAACAGCGCGGGCUGUUGUAUGAUAUUUAUCGAUGAACAAUCUCGUAUAUAUCAGAAUUGGAGUGAUUUUAUGGAAAAUAAUCAAAUGCCCAUAGGUACAAUGGUAGCACCAGUCAAUGGAUGUUAUGGACUUGAUAAGAACGGUAAGGUACUCUUGCAGUGUUCAUUAACACCUGCCUACUAUAAACAAUCAUUGGCAAAAAUGGAUACUUUGGUCUCAGCUGCUUCGAUGGUUGGACAGGCGACCACACUGAUACAUCCUGCUUUCUCGGCUCUGACCAUUGCGUCCAAGAGCUUUGAGACCAUAAGAGAUUAUCAAAAAAGGGCCGACAACGUCGCUCAUGCCACUGAAUCUCAAAUGUCAGCUAUUUUGAAUUUAGGUGGCAAUGUUAUCUGUCUAACAUCAUUAGUGGCUACCUUUGGAGCUUAUAUGGCAGUGUCAAAUAAUUGUGCAAUGUCAUUUACAGCUGGCAUGUCAAUUCAAGCGAUUAACAGUGCAGCAGCUCUUAUUAAUUGCACAAAACUUAUAUUAACAACCUACGAUAUUUUUACGAGAUAUUUUAUAGAUGAACAAAACCUUGAUUUUGGCGAUAUAAUGGCAUUUGGUUCUUCGCUAUUGCUAUUAACAAAUUCAAUUAAUAACGUGGCUAUAACUUCACAGUUGGGAAAAGUAGGUGGCAAUGCGUUACGGAAUCUAUUACAAUCAAAGAUAAAAGCUGGUCUUUCUUUGAUUGCUGGUGAAAUGGUUCGUUUCGCUGAACAAAGCGGUGGCAGCUGUGAUCUUAUACGUCUGGUAAAUGAUAUACCCUAUGGAGAAGUUUUACGCACUAUCCACACCAUUUACAGAAAUCUAAAGCAGAAUGGUUUCCUGACAACAAUCUCUGCCGUCGGCAUGAUGACUUUAGAAGUGGGGCCUGGACUUUCGUUACAAGUAAAUGACAAGGAAAUAACACAACUGGACAUUAAUGAGUUGACAAAAGUAUUCGGUUCGAAAUUUGUCAAACAUAUUGGAGAUGCAUCCAACCUAGUCGAUGUCCUCAAUGGAAUGGGCCUAUAUUUUUCGGAGGCCAUAAUUCAAUUACUAUUCAAGCAAACGCAUCAGUUUAUUGAUGUCUGUGUCGAUGCCAUCGAAAAAGAUCAAAAUAUUUUUAUAACAAGCGAAAUGGUGCUUUAUAAAAUGUUUUCGUUUGUGGUGAAAAACUACAAGGAUUUGAGUUUGGAUUAUUUGUAUGGAAGGAGAGAUGAUUUGAUAGAUGGAGUCCGACAAUACUUUGAGUCACUCAAUCCAAAUAUUUCAUCAGAUAUUAAUAAUAACAUAGAAUAUAAGUGCAAUGUUUGUGGUGGUUAUUAUAAUUUAGCGAAAAUUUAAAUUAGUAGAGGAGGAAGAUGUGAUUGUCCAUAUGCUGUGAUUGUCAAAAAAGUGCAUAGAAUAAGUUUUCUUUUUUUACACUUUGUGAUUGUGAUUCUCUUUCUUAACAAUAGAUUUAAGUUAAUUUAAUAAUCUGGUUAUUCAUAGUUUGUAAAUGAUUUGCCAGCAAACAAACUUUUAUUUUAAGUGAAUUUUGUAAUAAAAAUAAUUACUAAAAA